UUUGGGAGUAUCUUAAACAUACUCUUACGUGCAAAUGGAAGUAACUAGUCGAAGAUUAGAUAUAAAGCAAAAUAAUUGUCCUUCUACUAAAGUUGUCGCGUAAACAUCUGCUACAAGUAAGAAGCGUUUAAGCUUUAAAUGAGAGAUAAGUUCAGUAUACUUAAAAAUGACUAAUCUCUCAAUUACGGCUUCGUUCAACGAUCGAAGCUGUCUCUGUAAACAUCGUUAACUUACGAUUACAGUGGACUUAUAAUACAUUAAAAUAAAUUAAUCGAUUCUACCACAACAAGGCGUGAACGACUGUGAUAGAUUAUAGGAUAACAGAAGCGAAUGCGUAAAAAUUAUCACACUCUUAUUUGACUCUUAUCGAUUACCAGUGUGGUCAGUAGUCGGUUAUCGACUGCUAAAGCACACAAUUUGAACUUAAUAGAGCAAAAAGUUGACGCGUCGAGGUCAAUGUACGAGAUGUCGUUAUUGAAAGAAAGAAAAUGAGAAGAAAGACUAACUUUUCAAAUCGUAUUUAAAUCAUCAAUUGAACUAAUAAUGGAAUUAGUUGCAAUAGCAAUUAUUAUUAUCGAUAUAGGAACAAAUCUUUUGGUUUAUGUUUAAAUUGUACUUAAUCCAGUGCUAAGUACGAUCGAGCUUCUACCUCUAAUCGAAUUAUUAUUUAAUUAAUUUAGAGAUUAUAAAAACAUUAACUAUAUAACAAAAUAACGCGUUGCAUGAUUGGGGGUUACUUGAUUUAAACUUUAUUUGAUAAAAUUUUCAUUUCAUCAAACAUUACCAAAAUAUAAUGAAUAUUAUGUAAAAAACGACCUACACGUAUGAUAAUAAUGUUUUGAACCUACGUCACGUAGCAAAACAAGAGCUGUUUCUGCACCAAUGAUUCAAUUCUGUAUUGCCAUUAUGGAAACGCCUUUCACCAUGAAACUGCUUCACCCAUUUACGCACAAGCAUACUUAAUUCGUGAUCGACAUAGACGUUUAUGUGGUAAACCUGAACAAACUAGAACCGAUUUCAGUUUGUAGUACAAAACUGCUCUCAAAGAUGAAUAAUUUAAUAGAAGAGUGUACAAUAAUUACUUUUACUUCACAACUAUUCAAUUCCAGGCUUAGAAAUUCGUAAUUUACAACAUAAUUCCCUACUUUCAAAAUUCGUGCAAAAUUCUACAAAAAAAAUUGCAACAGAACUCAUAAAUCUUAUUCCACUUAUAAUAACAUUUCUACGCUAUAAAAACGAUCUUAAAACGAAUUUCCAACAUCCUCGAAGUAACGACACAUUUAUCCAACUACUCAUUCUGCUCUCCAAAAUUAUUAAGCAUACCCAGCCUCGCAACCGAUCGAUCCAUCGAUCAAUGAAAACAACAAUCGCUCAGCCGCUACCUACAUGCACUUCAAGCACGCGAUGCUUGCCAAUCAUUCAUUCUGCCCGACGAGUCGCGCUCGCUAUCAGGUCACCAAACAGUCGCGUCGGGUUCAUGCAUCUGCGAGGAACAUUUACAUACAUGCUAGCUGUGGCACGCAACCAUCCAGAGUGGUAACAGCACCGUGUACACACAGAGAAAGGAGAGAAACGAACACUAGCCUGGUAGGGAAGCGAUGUGUCUAAUGGAAGGGGAAGAGAGCAGGAAACGGUGCGCUACGUAAGACGCGAGGGGAUUGUGAGUCGAGUGGCCAACGAGCCCCGGAGUAUCCGAUUCACCGUCGUAUCGCGUGGAACGGGUAUCAUUCCUUCUGGCGCUCGUUUAUACUGUUCCCUUGAAUCCUCUUCGCGAUUCCCAGAAACAGUGAUCUCCUCGCGAUAUUACCGGCUAGAGUGCACGGCUGUAGAAUGCAUCCGGGGGGGGAGUAUCGGCAACUAGAUGGUCAUUUCGCAACCAGACGCUGACUCGUUCACGCUUUCCGAAGGAAAAGUAAAGUAUUGCGACACGAAGUAACGAGUGUAGUUUCAGGUAGCAGUUUGAAUUUAGGAUAUCUUACUUUCUACAAAACUUUUUUAUCGAGUUAAUAUUCGAAUAGAUAGAGUUUCCCUUAGCAAAAGAACAUAUAAAUUGUUUCAUUAUAGAUCAUAAAUCAUAUAUAAGUAUAGUAUAGAUCAUAAUAACCAUUAUUUUAGAAUAGUAUUAAAGUAUAUAAGUGAAUAGUAGAGUUGUAAAAGUUGAUAGGUAGAAUUGUAGAUAAAGAACUCAUGUUUGUCCUUGUUAAGGAUAUAUAAAAUCUGAAAUGACAGAACGGUAUAGUGAGGUAUGAAAGUCCCUUUAACUUUCAUAUUGUGUUAAUACUUUAGUGAAGGUAACUCGAUGGUCUUGCCAUUUAAACGUGGUUCACCAGUGGCUCGUGCGUGUGUUAAGUGAAAAAGUGAUCGCAUCGUUGGUGGAUUGACUGUCUGAGCAAAGAAGAAAGAAGUGUGAACCGCUUAGUAGAUAAAACUUGAAGAGAUGGACGAAAAACGAAAUGUUAAUUGAAGAUGAUGUAGGAAAGAAGGACGUGAUGAAUUAGUAUUAAAAAACAAAAAUAUAGGAAAGAAAUCCGAAAGUUGUUCGCUAAAGUCAACUGUUUACUUUGGAAGACAAAAGAAAUUGAAACUUACUUAGAUUCAAACUUACCUUUUGCAAUAAAAUAAUAGAAAGAAAUAGAGAUGGAGGAACCAACAACGGCUACUGUUUUACUAAUAGCAAAAAUAGGAGCAAUGAUCGGUCUUGGCUUUGGCUCUUUAUUUCUGGGAAUGUUACCGCUGAUUGUCGGACGUUACAGAAUGAAUCAUCGUCAAAAACGAGAUCGCAGAAUUUUUAGUAAUUCCAGUACCUGUACCUCCACAUCAAUUUCAAACGCCUCUUCCUCCAGUGUAAUUUCUGCAUCUGCAACGAAUUCACAAGGCCUGCAAACAUCGUUGCUGCUUUGCUUUGGCGGAGGCGUUCUCCUGUUCACCACAUUCUUGCAUCUGGCCCCGGAGGUCCGCGUGAGCGUAGAAAGACAUCAAACGAACGGUCAACUGCCUACUCUAGGCACGCUAAAUCUGUCGGAGCUGCUAUUCUGCGCCGGAUUCUUUCUCGUCUACUUCGUUGAAGAGGCGGUACACGCAGCACUGACGGGAAAACCCGAGUCAUCAGAGGCGCUACUCUAUAGAACGGUGUCCGUACGUAGAUGCAACAAUCAAACAGGUGCGUCAACAACUACGAAUAGUGGUUCCACCACCACGGUUUCCACUACGGCUAGGUCCACCUGGAAAGAUGGUAACGACGAGUUAGAAGACGGCGAGAACGAAUUAAACAAACGAUCUAGACAACACGGCUUGAAUGAUUUUCGCGGUGGCAAACAAGAUAAGAUGUUACCUGCCAUAUUUGUCCUAUCUACCCCUACGGGAUUAUCUUCCACGCAGCGCAGUCCUCAGGAUGGCACGAGAUAUCCUUCUAAUACAGAUUAUCCAAGAAUGAAACAUCACGAACAUGACCAUUCCGUUAUGACAAAAAAUACAUCGAUACAAGGAUUACUAACAGUGCUAGCUUUGUCUUUUCAUGCAAUUUUCGAGGGUCUAGCAGUAGGUCUAGAACCCUCUAUUGGUUCCGUCGUAUAUCUGGCUGCUGCUAUAGCUACGCAUAAGUUGGUAAUUUCAUUCUGCGUCGGUAUGGAACUUUACGUUGCUGGUGCCUCAAGUAGAACUACUCUUGGAUACCUAACGAUAUUCUCAAUGGUAACACCAAUUGGCAUCGCCGUUGGAUUGGCUCUUGGUCAUUUUAAGAAUGACAGCGAAAAUUUAGGACCUACCCCGACAAUACUGCAAGGAAUGGCCGCCGGAACGUUGCUAUACGUGGUUUUCUUCGAGGUAUUAGCACGCGAGAGGGCUAACGAGAAAAGUGGCCUCUUACAGUUGACUGCCAUAAUUAUUGGAUUCAUGCUGAUGUUGGGUCUACAAAUCGCGACUGCGCAUUCUCACUCUCAUUCCCAUUCGCAUUCGCAUGAUGGACACGCAGACGUACAUAGCCACCAAGUUAAUCAUCAGGAGAAUGAUCACGAUCAUAAACUGGAUUCCCACGAGCACAUCUAUUCAAAUGAAAUGAAUGAACGAAUACUUACCGACAAAAUCUAUAGAGUAACGGAAAGCAUCGCGGAGACUGUCAGCAACGUCCUAUCCUCUACGAUGAAAACACCAACCGAUGUUUCCUUCAGAAGUAGUAGUAACGAUACGACGUUACACUCGAAUCGAAGUUAAAAAUCAUUUGCGUGACAGGCAUCCUUUGACUGAUCGUGAGUUACUAGUAGUUCUUUCAUGGGACAAAUAUCUUCUGAUUGAUACUUACUUUCGAGGAUAUGUCAACCGAAUUCAUCGAUUAUUUCGAUGAAUACAAGGGGACGACGCAUACAAGUUAUAAGAAUAAAAGGGGUCUCGAUGAAAGAAGGACAGUAUUAUGAAACUUUGGUUUCAAUCUGGAAGAGGAGAACAAUACUCCUGGUCUACAGUUUACACCUAUUAUGCAGAUGUCACCAAUUGUGCAAGUACAAAUAGUAAACGGUGAUAUUUGCAAAGUACGAUAGAAAUCUAUCUAAAACAACAAGAAACUAUUACCAUUGUCAUUCAAUGACCAAAUGUGAUACGAUUCACGAGUAUGUAUAGCUGUGCAAUCGCGUUACUUACUCCUUUUUCUUUUUUCUUUUUUUUUUUUUUUUAUUGUAAUAUAAACUGUAUGGAAUAUCCGAUAUCUUUUACAUCAUAAUUAGAUUAGGAAAAGAAAAGUAUUUCUUAACUGUUUAUACCAAUAUUUAAAAACUUGCUCAUAUAAUAUUGCGUGACAUCGCAAUGAAAUGAGAUAUAUUUUGCUACCGUCAAAUAUCGAUUCUUCCGAAAGUGAUAACUUUAAUCGUAUUUUUAUGAUUUUAAAUAUUUACAACUUUUGUAUGUAUUAAUAUUUGUCUUUUUUCUACACGACAUUACAUGUCAUUAGAAAUGAUAGUACGCCAUCAUUAGUACGAGGAAGAUUUCAACAUCAAAACAUAAGAAACUGUAUUCUAUAAAUAUUUGCGAUAUCAGGUUUCUUGUUCAUUUUUUCAUUUGUAUACAUAUCAGUGUGAUGUGACAGGUACACUGUUAGCAUUUGUAAACAUAUUUCAGUAACAUGCAUAAAUAUCAUUUUCUCAAAUCAAAGAAUCAAUUUUUAAACAUAAAUUAUAUUUUUCACGACAUGUACACAAAGCAAUAAAUUGAAAAAAUACACAAAA